AUGCCUUUGCCUUUGUUAGGUAAGCUGCGUUGGAGCAAUGUGAAAAGAGACAACCAACUGGAUCGACAGGGUGCACUCGAUAUUGUGGUUGACGUUGCUCUAGACGAAUUGGUGGUGAGUAUUCUCCUAGUUAUGCUUCAAGGUUCGACAGUCAUGCUCCAAGUUGACAUUUUUGGUACCGAGGUGGUCGUAGUUCUCCGUCAUUUUGGCAACAUAGGCACGAAGUCACUCCACUUCAGCCUGAAGAUGCUUGUCGAUCGAGGGUUUCCUUCUGGAAGACUUCGCAUGGGGAUGUGA